AAACAUUUUUAUGUAUUUAUUCGAUAAGCAGUUCAGUAAGCAUGUGUGAGGUCGCUCAGAGUUAAGUAGUUAGUGUUAGAGAAGCAUGAGCCCCUGCUGCGCAAGUCCUCUGAGUAGAAGUUGUGAGAGGAGUGUCUUAGGAAGAUGGUAGAUCCAGAUUUCAGAAUAGCAUCAAUGGUGUCCCACAGACCAGUUAGGGACCAUGACAGUUCAAGUCUGAAGUAAUAAGGACCAGAAUUUAGUUAUCGGUGGAACUAGGAGGAAGAAGGAAGAGGGAAGGACGCUGCUAAUGUAGACUUGAUAAGAAUGUUGACUAGAGGGCUGGAGAUGGCUCAGUGGUUAAAAGCACUGACUGCUCUUCCACAGGUCCUGAGUUCAAUUCCCAGCAGCCACUAGGCUCAAAAACAUCUGGAAUGGGAUCUGAUGCUGUCUUCUGGUGUGUCUGAAGAUAGCUACUCAUCAUAUAUAUUAAAUAAACAAAAAAUCUUUAGAAAAAAAGAAUGUUGAAUAUAGACAGCAGGAGAGAAUAAAGUUAAAAACAUAAACAGUUUGUGUUUCCUGUGAGGAAAGACGUGGUGCUCCUGAAAAAGUGGGAGAUUAGCCAAAGGAUUUGUUCUCUCUUUGUAGAGGUGUAAAGCUGGAGGGCUGCUGUGCAAGUGCCAGAUUAAGGUAGCUCUGGUUCUGAAUUACUGUCUUGGGGUAAAUGCAAUUUAAUUUUUGAUUAUUUGUGUGUGUUUGUGUCUGUCUGUCUCUCUGUGGUAUGUAUACAUGAGUACAGGUGCCUGAGGAGGCUAGGGAUGUCAGAUUCUUUGGAAUUGGAGUUAUAGGCAGUUGUGAGCCUCUGAGAAGUCAACUCAAACUUGGUUCCCCUGCAAGAACUGCAGAGGCUUUUAACUGCUGGGUUAUCUCCCCAGCUUCUCUCUCUCUCUCUCUCUCUCUCUCUCUCUCUCUCUCUCUCUCUCUCUCUCUCUGUUUGUUUAAAUCCUAGUACAUCCUAAGAUUCUAAGGGAUGCCAGAAGUGUUUAUUGUUAACAAAGUGUCAGACAGAAAGCUUCCAUUGAAGAACUGGUGUGAUAUGGCUCAGGUAUAUAAGAUUAUGACCUGGUGCUUGUUGUGCAAGCAUGAAGACCUGAGUUUGGAUUCCCAGCAUCCACUCAGGAAGCCAGGCAUGGAAGUACAUACCACUGACCUCUAGUGCUGUCAAGUAGAAACAGACAGGUCACAGGGCCUUGCUGGCAGUCAUUCUACCUCAAACAGUGAGUUCUGCAGUCAGCAAAAGACCCUGUCUCAAUAAAGUGGGGAGGCUUCCCCUCUGACUUCCCCCUGCAUGCACACUGAGGCGUGUGCACACACGUGAACAUGUGCACUGAGGGGCAUAUGUUCCCACAGCCAAAUUUUAGUAUAUGCUAGACUUGGGCACUGAUCUGUUCAGGGCUGUGUAGGGUUACAUCAUGGACCCUGUCUCCAAAAUCAAGGUUCUGAGCCCUGUAUAUGUUUUCCUCUAUGCUCUUACUUGUGAGAAAGUUUAAUUUAUAUGUGAGGGACAGUGAGAGAUUCACAAUAAUAAAUGAUAAAAUAGGAUAAAUAGAACUAUGCUUUGAUAAGAGGAUAUUUGAAAGUUAUGAAUUGUUCAUUUUUAGAAUUUUCCAGUUAAGUAUAUUUUCCAACAGCAAUUAUCUGUGAAUAAUUGAAAUUUUGUUAGGCAAAACCAAGGAUAAAGGGACUGCUGUAAAUACCUCCCACAGUAAAUACGAGUUUAUGAGGUAAAGACAGCUUAUCACCUCAUAUUUCUCUAUAUUUAUUUAUUGGGGCAGUAUAAACCCCUCUCCAAUUAAUGGUGUAUUCUUAUCUAAAAGACUGAUUCUUCAUGCAUGGCUAAGAAAAGACCUUGUGAUUGUGAGGGAGGGGGAGCAAUACAACAGCUGUCUCUGGAAGGUAAUUAUUGUCCUCACUCAGUCAAACCUAAACAAUAGAGAAUGAAGGCGUGUACUGCCACGUUCAUUUGAUAUAAAAACCCACACAGUUUCAUUGUACAGAAUGAGCCUUAUGGGCCCUAGUGGUCUGUGUCUAACACUGUUCUGAUGGGAAUCAGAUGCAGAAGGAAGGAGUCUUGACUAUAAGAAGGAACUUUACAUUUGUUGUAACUACCAGCACUUCGAUUCUAAGCCUUUACUGGGAGUUAGAGGAUGCGAUUUGAGGAUUGGAGGAGUUUAUGAAGAAGGGGGGAUCUUAAAGAAUUGUGUUCACUACCCUUCUGAUGGCCGUGUGCUCUGACUAGUGUGGUGAGGUUUGGGCUGGGCUUUUGGGGCAGAGAGCCUUCCCUGACCCCCAGUGUGAGACGAAUCACCUCACUUGGAAAGUCUGACUGUUUGCUCUUGCUCUGUUUCCAUUUACACAGAUUUAAAAAUAACUCCUUGCUGAUGCUGUGAUAAAAAUUGAUUUUUUCAUUAAGCCUUUUUAUUAGUUUUAUUAGUAUUUUAAAUGACACGUGGUUAAGUGUUUUUGUGAUUUUCAAAGCUGUGUUGGCUGUCAGUCUUAACCCUUUCUACCAAAUACCUCUUCAACACACCAUUAAUCUACCAUUCUGUGGUUAGAAACACUUAUGUAAUUUUAUAUUUAUCCUCCGAGUAUUUAGUUUCAGUAGAUUGUUCAAUUAUUUACCAACAGAAAUAGUGACUUACAUAUUUUUUUACUCUUUCAGAAAUGUACCUGACUUUUAUUUGAAAUUUUUAAUUUGGUUUUGGUAAUAGAAAUGAGCAGAAUAUUGUAUGACAUGAAGUUUUAAAAAUGGAUUUUUUUUUCGGGGCUGGGGACCGAACCCAGGACCUUCCGCUUCCUAGGUAAGCGCUCUACCACUGAGCCAAAUCCCCAACCCCAAAAAUGGAUUUUUUUAAGUAAUAGGAUGAGAUUAUCAACAUAAAGUAGAAAACUUCAAGGGAUUUUAAAAAGCAGUAUCACGGGGCUGGGGAUUUAGCUCAGUGGUAGAGCGCUUACCUAGGAAGCGCAAGGCCCUGGGUUCGGUCCCCAGCUCCGGAAAAAAAAAAGAACCAAAAAAAAAAAAAGUAGUAUCACAUUUUUACCAAUUUUCUUCUUUUUAUGACCUUUUUGUUUUUAUGUAACUCUGGAACUUCCUAGGCUGACCAGGCUGACCAGGAGCUCAGAGAGGGAGUCCUAGUGAGACCUUGGGGGUUCGCUCUGUCUCCGCUGCGCUGCGUGCUCCCUUAGUCCAUUGGGCUGUAUCUCUGGUGCCUAGGGUGUCCAUGGGUGUCAUCCAAGCCCACAUGCUUCAGAUAAGAAGUAUUCCAAGGCUCUGACCCUUGGCAUUAGUUAUCUCCUGCCCCAGAUGAGGCUUUAUUCACUGCUGAACUCUCCCACACUUACCUUAUUAGGUCUACCUCCCUUUUGCUUAGUGUGGCCUUGGCCAUGUGUAGUCUUAUAGUUAAGUUUAUUAUUCAAAACUGUUAUCCGAGUUGCAUUUUAAACUUGCCCUAUGCUUAAUGUUUAACCUGGUUAAAGACAGCUUUGCUCUGGCCUCAGAUAAAUUGGCACUAGGCUGGUUUCUGAGUUACUGUCUUCAGAACUUUAGGUGGACUUCUCUCGUCUUUCCUACCUUUUUCUGUUGUUUUCAAUUGUUGGCAAAAUUACCAUAGGGUGUCACCAUGGAACCAUAAAGGAAAAGCAUGCCUGUUCCUUUAACAGUCUGAGAUAGUGUCUCCAAAAUGACUUCUCACAUUUGUCCUCUUUAGUCUGAAAUACCCAUGCUUUUUAGGCAUACAUUUCCCAUGAGUCAUCUCUUUAGGUUAAUGCCUUCUUUUGACUCAGGAUCUGCCUUGGCCCUUCAUCCUUUGAGAAACCUCCCGUUCAGCUCCUACCCCCAUCUUUCCCCUUCUAACAGUCACCAACUCUCACCCCUCCUGGCACCUUGCACACAUUUCUGCCAGAGAACUUAUCCCAACACCUUGUAGCCCUUAGUGUACCCAUGUUUCCCAGUAAGUUUCCUCACUAAAACUGAUUACCUUCAUAGAUCUAUGCUCUAACGUGAUGCCUGACACCAAUGCCCAGCUUUCUAGAGUCCAAUCCAGGAAUGGAAACUGUCUUUAACUUUUCCACCCUUUAAUAUAAAAACAACCACAGGGGCUGGAGAGAUGGCUCAGUGGUUAAGAGCACUUUUUGCUCUUAUAGAGAGCCUAUAUUUGGAUCCUGGCGCCCAUGUGGUGGCUCCUGGCCUUCUGGAACUUCAGUUUCAUCAGUGCCCUCUUUUGGCCCUCUUGGAAACCCACAAACACAUGGCAGCCACAGGGUUGGCACAUACACAUAAGUAAAACAUAAAAUCUUCAAAAAAACAAGGGGUUGGGGAUUUAGCUCAGUGGUAGAGCCCUGGGUUCGGUCCCCAGCUCCAAAAAAAAAAAAAAGGAAGGAUUUCUUUUUUUUUACUUAUUUUUGUUGUUUGUUCUGAGGCAAGAUCUCAUUACUUAGCUCAUGCUGGCCUUGAACUGACAGUUAUCCCUGGGUGAUUUCAGACUUGCAAUCCUCAAGCAAGCCUCCCAUAUGCUCAGACACAGGCCUAUUCUACCAAGUCGCUCUAGAAUUUAAUUUAAGAGACCUCUGCCCUAUGGGACAUUGGUGCCAAACGCCUUUAAUCCCAGCACUGGGGAGGCAGAAGUAGAAAGUUCUCUGAGUUCAAGGCCAGUUUGGUCUACAAAGCUACAAAGCUCCAGGACAGCCAGAACUACACAGAGAAACCCUGUCUGGCAGGGAGGGGGACUUCUGCCAUUCUGAUGGUUAGAAUUUAGCAAUUAUAAAAGUAAAUAAAUCGGGGUUGGGGAUUUAGCUCAGUGGUAGAGCGCUUACCUAGGAAGCGCAAGGCCCUGGGUUCGGUCCCCAGCUCCGGAAAAAAAAAAAAAAAAAAAAAGUAAAUAAAUCAAUCAUGAAUGCAGAAAAAAGGUGGAGACCUUAAGAGUGGAAGAUAAAGAGGCGAAUGACUUAGCAAAAUCUACACAACUACAAAGUAGCACGGGGUGACUCAUUUGUGAGGCAAGGCUUGAUUCAGGGCUCGACAAGGAGCAAAGAGCAAAGGCAAGCCACAGUGGACUCAUGCACUCACAGCAAACAGGCAGACAGGAGCUGCUUUUUAAAUUGGCCUACAAGACCAGCCUACUUGCUAUAAAAGAAGAAUCUGCCAAAGGGAGGGCUUUACAGACCUCCACAGGGGUGUGAGCAGCACUGCUUCAGCAACAGAGCCUCAGGUCCACAUCGUGGGAAGAGUAUGGCCACGUCCUGGGCGUCCGUCUUCAUGCUGAUCAUAGCCUAUGUUGGUGGCACUGUCUUCUACAGAGAACAGCAGACUUGGUUUGAGGGUGUCUUCUUGUCUUCCAUGUGCCCCGUUAAUGUCAGUGCCGGCACCUUUUAUGGAAUCAUGUUUGAUGCGGGCAGCACUGGAACUCGGAUUCACGUUUACACCUUUGUGCAGAGAACAUCAGGACAGCUCCCCUUUCUGGAAGGUGAAAUUUUUGAUUCUGUGAAGCCGGGACUUUCUGCUUUUGUGGAUCAACCCAAACAGGGUGCUGAGACUGUUCAAGAACUCUUAGAGGUGGCCAAGGACUCAAUCCCCAGAAGUCACUGGAAGCGGACGCCAGUGGUUCUGAAGGCAACGGCUGGACUGCGAUUGCUGCCAGAACAGAAAGCCCAGACCCUGCUCUUGGAGGUAGAGGAGAUCUUCAAGAAUUCACCUUUCCUGGUCCCGGAUGACAGCGUUAGCAUCAUGGAUGGGUCCUAUGAAGGCAUAUUAGCUUGGGUUACCGUGAACUUUCUAACAGGUCAGCUGCAUGGCCGUGGCCAGGAGACUGUGGGGACCCUUGACCUGGGGGGUGCCUCCACCCAAAUCACGUUUCUACCGCAGUUGGAGAAAACCCUGGAACAAACACCUAAGGGCUACCUCGCUUCCUUUGAGAUGUUUAACAGCACUUUUAAGCUCUAUACACAUAGUUACUUGGGAUUUGGACUGAAAGCUGCAAGACUAGCGACUCUGGGAGCUCUGGAAGCAGAAGGGACUGAUGGACAUACUUUCCGAAGUGCCUGUUUACCAAGAUGGUUGGAAGCAGAGUGGAUCUUUGGGGGUGUGAAAUAUCAGUAUGGUGGUAACCAAGAAGGGGAGAUGGGCUUUGAGCCCUGCUAUGCAGAAGUGCGGAGGGUAGUUCAAGGAAAACUUCACCAGCCAGAAGAGAUUCGAGGAAGCUCCUUUUAUGCUUUCUCCUACUAUUAUGAUCGAGCUGCCGAGACACACUUGAUUGAUUAUGAAAAGGGGGGUGUUUUGAAGGUUGAAGAUUUUGAAAGAAAAGCCAGGGAAGUGUGUGACAACUUGGAGAGCUUCUCCUCAGGCAGUCCUUUCCUCUGCAUGGACCUCAGUUACAUCACAGCCUUAUUGAAAGAUGGCUUUGGCUUUGAGGAUGGCACCCUCUUACAGCUCACAAAGAAAGUGAACAACAUAGAGACUGGUUGGGCCUUGGGAGCCACCUUUCACCUGCUCCAGUCCCUGGGUAUCACCAGCUGAGGCGAAGCACGUCCUCUGAAACCUGCGUUUCUGAACACUUGUUUUUACAGGAAGGAGUGGACUCAGACAUUUUCUGACCUUCUCUGGGAAAAGCCUGGACCGAAACCUGUUAACUGGCUUUAUUAGGAGGGAGGGGUUUGUAGAUGAGUCCUGCCCUUGAGCCUAGCGAUUUGGGCUUAGCUAAUUUUGCACAUCUAAUGUGAAUGACUCCCUAACCACUUGGUGGGCAUAUAGCUGGUACCAGAGUGUAAAUCUUUUGAGAUUCUUUGUUAAGUUACAGAGUCCUGCAAAGAAAAAAAAAAAAAGGUUUGGAACUCCAUGUUAGAAGCGAGUUCAGAGACAGGUCCCUGGGAACCAAAGAGCAAUCUCAUUCAACCCUUGAAUGCCUCCUUGCUUUGAGUGGUUUUAUUUUUGCUUAUAAGGGAAAUUAAGCUGAUUUACCCAAAUCCCAGAACACAUCAAUACUGGUAAUUUUUUCCUUCCUCCUACCCUUAUUAUAUUCCCUACCCUAAAAGCCUGGGGAAAAAUACCUGGUCUUGCUUUCCAUCUAUAAUUCAAAGAGAGAGGGGAAAAGAUACUGUAUCAGAAUUUGUGUGAUCCUGUGGCACACAGAUCAACCAAGUUAGAGCUUAGAGUUGUUUUAUUUUUAGAUAAGGGCCUCGUUAUGUUGUUCAGGCUGGCCUGGAACUCAGUGUGUAGCCCAAGUUGCCUUGAAUUAUCAAUUCUCCUGCCUCAGCUCCUGAACCUUGGGCUUACAGGUAUGAGCUAUUAUGCCCAUGUCAUUUUCAAUCCUAGCAGAAUGGAGAGUGGCUCCUAACUGCCCAGACUAGAGCUAUAAGCAAGGGGACCGUCUGUUCCGAGGGAUGGCUGUUGCCACUCUGGACUUGAGCAUUCAGCCCCAGGGAUGCCCCUAUCCAGUGCCAGCUCUGCCUCCCAAGCAGUGUUGUAGAAUGAAACCCGACCCUAACUUCUCACCUUGGUGUUUCUGUGAAGCACAACCGACCCGCGUUUUCUCUGUGGUUAGAGGUUAGCGUGUAUCUAAAGGCCCCCACUGCUCUCAGGGGGGCUGAGGUGUGAAGUGCUGAGGACUGAACCCGACUUCUUGGAUGUUAAGCACAAUGUGCUAGCCUACGCUUUCAAAGUGGUGUGCUCCUGCAAGGCCCUUGCUGAAUCUAGCUAUUCUCUGAAUUUAUUGUCUAGCUCAGGAUUUCAGAUCCCCUUUCCAGUGAUACCCAGAUUUGAUUUGAUUGCCCGUUUUGGUCCAUGUUGGUAUAGGUUGGAAUGGUGAGCAAUAUCAGAGAACCAUGUUUUCUCUCAGGACACUUUCUGUGCUGGGGUAGCACAGGCUGUCAUGCUCAGCAUAGGUGCUCGCUCUGCUGCACUAGUCCUUCAAAGUCGUGGCUUAAAGAUUUUAAACUUCUGUCACCAUGUUGUUUCUGGGAUGACAUCACUGGCCUCAGGGUCUCCUGUCGCUUGGCUCCUAACACAGCACUUUACCCUUCCUCUUCUCUUCCCAGGAAGUUUUCAUCUCCCCUAACUUAAUUUUUGGUCACCUCCUUUUCCUUCCGCUCUUCACAAAGGAUGUGACUAUGCCUGGGCCCCUGGCAGUCCUUGGGGAACCUUGUUUUUUAAGCCAUUACACUGAGUCAAUAAUGUAAAGAAAGAAAAAGGUAUUAGACUAGUAAUAGUCCACUAAAUGCUAUCACAGUUGAGAGAAACCAAGCUGUUUCCCUAAGAGUAAGCUAUGCUCACUAAAGAUGCCUUUACAACAGGCCUUAUGGCACAGGCCUGAAGUCCCAGCUCCCUUGGAGCUGAGGCGAGAGGAUUACAAGUUAUAGGCUUGCUCCGUAACCAGUCUGAGACUGCUCUGGGCACCUCAGUGCAACCCUCAACACUUAAGGAGAAGUUAGAAGACAGCACUCAGUGGCAUGUCAGGCCCUAGACUCAGUCCCCACACUAAAGCAAAGCAGACAACUCCAGCUCUCCACACAGCUGGUCUCUGACACCUUGGGGGACACAAGGGCCCUAGCUAUGGAGUGCGUAUUCCACAGACACCUAUGGUUACCUUGGAUACUGCCAAAACUCUUAAAUACAUGGACUUUUACCUCAGAAACUUGUCUUCAGAUAUCCUGUUAAUCUUCAGUUUUUGUUUGUUUUUGUUUUUUGGAGGAAGGCCUUCUCUCUAUGUAGCUAUGGCUGUCCUAGAAUUCACUCUGUAGAUCAGGCUGGCCUCAGACUCACUGCCUCUGCUUCUCUAGUAUUAGGAUGAGAGGUGUGCAGCACCACCACCACCCGGUAAUGUGGGCCUUUCUUACUAAGGGGCUUCUAUGUUCUGAAGUUCCAUCUCUGUGAAAACAUUAAUAUAUUUUAAAUCCUUGGGAUGUGCUCUGGUACAUGGUGGGUGCUGUGUGUUAUCACUAUUACAUGAAGAACAUCUGAAUCACAGAAGUCCUUGCAAAGUGUGCCUUAAAUUUCUCAUCAUUUAAGCUUUUUUUUUUUUUAAUACACUGAAGUCAGCAUUCAUAUGAAGGCUCCCUUUUUGAAAAAAGUCACCUUGUCCUGAGAGUCUCUGGCCAUCGUUUUUCCAGCACCUGCCAUUUUUUAUUCUGGGGACGUUUUCUGGGUUUACUGACAUCAUUACUUUGUUGCUUAGAAAGCUGUUCUGUGAGCAACAUCUGUCUCAUUCCUUCAAAGCUUUUCCAAAACAGUUUAGCUUAUUUUCAAAAUAAAACUGCUGGGCAUGAUAUUCUGUAGGGUUCUUACCUGGCACAGCCCAAGUUUCUUCUGGGGCCUCUCUGGCUCUUUGCAGUACACACUUCAAAACCCCAAGCACUGAGUCACUCCAUGCUAGCUGCUCGCCACCACACAUGGAGGGCUUGUGCCGCUGCCCAGCUCCUGACUGGCUCCUGAGGCUUCCCCAACUGUGUGUGCAAUAAGGUUACUGCUUUAUUACUGGACAGAGCGUGGUAUCCCAGAGAGGAGCAUAAAUAAAUUGAACUGUGGAGUGUAAUAAGGGAGGGAAAUAGCAGUAUUAAUACGAGCCGGCUGCUAUUUACCUUCAUGUCCCCCUUAAGCCCCAACUGCUUUUGUCAAAGCCAGUGUUAAUUUUAAAACAGCCUAACAAAAAUGUAUUGGGUAUUUCUAAUUCUUACUCUGUCAAGAUAAUUAUAUAAAUGUAUGACCAGCAUUAAAGUACUUUAUUUAGAAUGGAUUGUUACCGAGUGAAAUGAGGGACAGCAUCUCGGUGACUCCUCUGUGUAGUAAUAAAAACCUUUGAUUAAA